UCAAAUAGCAAACAGAAAAAAAUUUAUACACUCUUUAGAGAAAAAAAGAAAUGGGUGUCGUAGCAUUCGAGUGGGCAGAGGUAGGUGACAACCAACUGACGCUUGUGAUGAACAGAGACAAUUGGGCAAACAGGGAAAUAAGUAGGGCGUCUCGGGAUGUUCUGAGUGAGAGUCUGAGUGGUCGGUGCAAAGAUAAUGGCGGAACGUGGUUUGCUAUUUCUGCAAAAGGCCGAGUCGCGUUUCUCAUGAGUAAAACGUUGUUGGAAGACAAGGUUGAUAAAGACGGUGGAUCCGAGUUGUACCCCAUUGAAUUCAUGAAGAAUAACAUGAGUCUAGAGGAGUUUGCCGAUCAUGUGGCACGGUGUGAAAAGGAUAGACAUGACAAACUGGAUGAUCAGAACAAUGGGUGGUCCUAUAGCCUUAUAGUCGCUGACAUGACUUUGAAUUCAAUGGUUCAUAUCAGGAAACCCCAUAUACUUACGCCUGAUGUCUUGACUGAAACGGUUUCGUUUGGUGUGCACACACUUUCUCCUGACGGCGGUCUCGAUUCCACAGAAGCUAGGGAUUUGUGCCUGAGAGGCUGUUUUAAUCAGCUGAUUGGUGUUACCAAACCACAAGAUUUCUCCACAUGUGGAGCUUUUAUAUGUGGAGAAGCCACCACAGACAGCUUUAGUGAUUCGGUAAACCGUCAACUAACACGGUUUGAGAAUUUUGUUAAUAGAUUUAUGUGUACUCCUGUGAAAGAAGGUCAACCAACGGUGUAUAUGGAAACGACGUCUCAGCAUACUGAUGACCAAAUUGGAAUGCCACGCUUUGGAACAACAAGUGCGACAGCAUUAGUGGUGGAACGCACUGGGGAAGUAACGUUCUUUGAGAAUUACAGGGAAACUGAUGGUCGUUGGACCGGGAAAGGCUUCACUUUCAAAAUAUAGAUCUCUCUACUCUAAUUAACAUUGUUGUACGAUUCAGGGAAACCUAUUUCCUUGAUCGCACUAUAUCUAUAGUAGUCUAAGAAGUAAAAGAAAAGAGCAUUAUGCUUAAAAUAAAAUAAAUAAAUUGUUGGAUUUCUAUAACUUUCCUUCGGCACAACUUAAAAGUUCAUUUUAUAUUUUCUAUCUACACAAUUCUUGAGCUGUUUAUCUAUAGUUUCUCUCAACCCCAUUGCAUCAUCACUAGUAGUAACUAAUGAAAGUGUUUAUUGUUGUUUGCAUUGUCGAAGGUAAUUUACAAAAAAAAAAAAACAGAACA